AAAUGGCAUAAGACCCAUGUUUUUUCGACGCGACUACAUAUAUUUAUGUUUACAAAACCAAAUGGAAAGACGAAGAAUCUGUAAUGCGUACAUAAUAAAGUAUGCUUUCAUUAUCAAUAUGUGAUAGUCAGGAACGUUACAUUGCUGUAUAAGAGCGAAUUAAUAUGCGCAUUAUCCUCGUGCUCACGUGCAUCGCGUUCCUCCACGUGGUGGGAGGCUUCAAGACGCUGAAACCUCUGUCCCACAUGAAGCUGCCCACCAGCCUGUCUAGCCGAGGAGAGGAGCUGUUCAUUGGCAUCAACCAUGGCGCGGCUGAAGCGGCCGCUUACGAUCAUUUAAACAGCAUAGUAUAUGUCAUCGGCAGAUCGGGUCGCCUAAUGCACGUGAUUGACAUUCAGGACCCUGCACACCCAUCGCGUCUGUUCAGACACAAGUUCGCUGUAGCGGAGGGCUUUCCCCAGGCCAUCGCCAUCUGCGGGGGCGAGAUCGCAGUGGCCCUCUCAGCACAACCGGACACUAACAAUGGUCAAGUGAGGUUCUUCCACACGUACUCGAGAAACUCUAAAGCCACCGACGUUGCGCUCGUUGGAAAUAUGACAGUGGGCCCUCAUCCAAAGCACCUCCGAUACACGGACGACUGCGACACGGUGGUCGUGUCGAAUGAGGGGAUAGCUGGUAAGGACUCCGCUGGAAACUACGUGAAUCCCGAGGGGUCGAUUACCAUCAUCCACAGGGAGAAGACCGCAAACCGAAGCGCCAGAAUGGUGGACUUCCAUUCAUACAACAUUGGGCAACCCAACUUUAACAUGCAGAUUCGGGUGCCCUCUCUGUACAUACCGAAGAGCUUUUACAACGGUGACACGACUGUAGCUCAAGAUAUAGAACCGGAGCACGUGACCAUUAGUGGAGAUGGGAGCAGGGCAUGGGUCACUAUUAGGGAAAAUAAUGCUAUCGUAGAGAUGUCCCUAUCAUCUUCCACAAUUACACGGAUAACGCCAUUGCCGAAAAAGGUCUGGAACGCUCUUCCGAUUGACGUCAGCGAUCGAGACGGCGGCAUACACCGACGAACCUACGCUGGACUACAGUCUCUCAGACAGCCGGGAGCCAUAGCCCGUAUGAUCGCCGGCAACAAGGAGUUCCUCGUCACAGCCGACGCCGGCGGCGUGAAACGCUACACGGCCAUCCAACACGGGUUCGUGUGGACCGACUAUGCGUACGGCAGUGCAAUUGCAAACAAAAUUGAGGGCGAUGCUUUAAAGGCAAAUGCGUCAAACAACGAAUUAUUAGGUCGUAUCAUGGUGAGCACUGUUGACGGCAAGAAUCCCUACACGGGAAUGCACUCGCACUUCGAGAUGUUCGGUGGGCGUGGUUUCUCAAUCUGGGACACCAGCAACAUACAGGCCCCCGUGUUUGACACAGAGGGAACGCUUGAAGAGUACAUGGAGAGCUUCUACAGAGAAGUCUUCAACACCGAGCAUGUCACAGAAACUUCUAAUUAUUCCUCACCGGAAAUGAACAGGGACUUCUCCUCCAAAUUUCAGGGUGCUUACGUCUCCAGCAUUGAUGUCCAAGAUGACAACGGCACCGUAUACUUAGUCGCCGGUACGUGGUCCACGGGCACGCUUUUCCUGUACACGGUGGACACGAGUUCCGGUCAGCCCAUUCCACAGUUCCAGACAAUACAUAGGGCCGGUACAUCUGACCUACCGUGGGAUGACCUGUAUACACAAGACACCAUUGGCGACCUACACAUCUCGACUGUUGGGAUCAUCCCGAGCACCAAAAGCCCUAACAAUAGGACGCUGCUGUUCGUCGCCGCCUCUGGUUCCGGUUCACUCUCGCUUUAUGAAAUAGCUGACAAUGUUCCAGUGAUCAUCCCUUGAUUAUGCAAUAAACUUUAUUGUGUG